UAGAGCCUCUGUAGUAGCCAGAUGGAACAGACUCACAAGUUGGUCGGCAAACCAAACUAACUCAACUUAUUCCAUUUCUUUCUUUUGCAAAGAGCUCUAACACUCAAGGGACCAUGGUUAUGUUGAAGAUCUCAGCUUUCCUUCUUGCCUAUGCCCUGAUCAUCUGCCAGAUGUACUGCUCUCAAGCCGCUCCUGCAAGCAGGACUGAUUUUGACUCCAAUCGAGUGGCACUCACUGACUAUGAAGCCCGGAGGUUACUGAAUGCCAUUGUCAAAGAAUUUGUUCAGAUGACUGCGGAGGACCUGGAACAGCAAGCAAACGAUGAAAAUAGCAUUACGACACAGAAACGGGCCUGCAACACAGCCACCUGUGUCACCCAUCGUUUGGCAGACUUCCUCAGCCGAUCAGGGGGCAUGGGCAACACCAACUUCGUGCCCACCAACGUGGGCGCCCAGGCCUUCGGACGGAGAAAGAGGGACAGCCAGCAGUGAAUGUAUAGACGUACAGGCCUAGAGGCACUGAUAAUGACUGUGAGAAGAUCAAACGCAAGACUCCUGAGAAUGAAGACGCGUCACCCUCACCAGAAUGGCCUCCGAAACAACAGCACUGAUCUCUUGCAUCCAAUCCAUGUUGAACAAACAAACAAACAAACAAACGAACAAACAAACUAUUUUUUUGCUUUAAAGAGAAGAAGAAACACACACACACUCAUAAAAACAUGAAUGAUCAAUUAAUAAAGCACUUCUGUUAUAUUACAUUAACAGAUAAUCAGAAAGUCCCAUUCAUUUGACUAGACGAGAGGGAAAGGGCCAGGGAAGCCUGUCUCUCUCCCAGCCUAGAGCACAUAUUUGGUGUGUCAACUGUAACCCAUGCUGCUGUGGCCGUUCUCACAGCGUUCUGCACAUUUCUUUCAGGGACACCAUUCAUUCCACCCGCAGAGGCUGGUCUUGGCUGUGUCUUGUGCCUUGAUGUAAACCACUUUACAUACAAAACAAAAAAAAAAAAAACUCAUUACUGUACAAUAUGUUUAAAAAGACGAAGAAGCUUUGAGCUAUCAAGAGAAAUUCAUAUUGUAACA